UUUUAUAUAUCUAUGGAAAAAAAAAAAAGAAGCGGUUUCUUUGAAUCUACGCUUUUUGACAACAAAAUUGGAAAGGACAGUCACGCCCCAACCAGAAUCUACUACCAGACGCUUUCCAUAUGUAUUUGUAUUUUUUAACAUCAGAUCUCAACCUCCAGUGCUCUUGGAUCUCUCUCUCUUGAAUUCCACGCCAUUCUUCAGGUCGUAUUUUCAAUCCAAUUUCUCUCUCAGUUCAUUGGUCAAAUACUUCGAUGGGUUUCGAGUUUUGGAUUUGGAAAUCCCUUUCACCGAAUGCUGUGGCUUAGCAUGACAUGCCAUUAUGAAAUGUCUGUGUUAACUAUUGAAAUUUGAGAGUGAUGAUUAGCCAUUAGGUAUGUGUGUGUUGGCUUGAUUUGGAGUAUGUCGAUGGCUUUUAGUUAGAUUACAAAGGGAGAUGGUAGAGAGUUGUUUUGAUAAUAAACGAGUAAAACGACAGGUUGAGUACACUGGAGUUAAUUACAAUUCUAGUGAAAUUCAAGGUUCACCUAUUCGCAGAGAUCCUUCAUUCUCACGCUGGUGCGAUGAAGAUGGAAAUGUUCAUUUUGAACGUCAAUUAGAAAAUUCUGAUGGAAGCGUUGAAGGCUUUGAUUUUGAGUUGCCUUUUCUUCCGUCCGACAAGUUAGGUGUGCACUUGAAUGAUAGUAAUACCAUGGAUCAGGAAAUCAAUAUACACACCAUGGAUCAUGAAGUCAAUAUACACACCAUGGAUCAUGAAAUCAACAUACACAACAGAGGGAAAGACAAAGAGAAUUAUGUGCCAUUUGAUAUUGAAAAUGGGUCUCCCAAGGAGAUACGACCAUCAAAUAGUAGUGAUGAUACUGCUGAUUCUUUUGGUAAUCAUGAAAAGUUGCCACUGAAGACUAAGAGCCCUGUGUCUGCUGCUGAUGUGUUGAAGACUCUGUUUUUUAUACUUGUUUGGUACACUUUCAGCACAUUUUUGACCUUGUAUAAUAAAACUCUCUUAGGGGAUGAUUUGGGAAAAUUCCCAGCCCCAUUACUGAUGAAUACCAUCCAUUUUGCAAUGCAAGCUGUUUUGUCAAAGUUUAUCACAUGGUUUUGGUCUCAUAGAUUUCAACUCAGUGUUGCUAUGACAUGGAGGGAUUAUUUUAUGAGAGUUGUACCAACAGCUCUUGGAACAGCAUUGGACGUUAACCUGAGCAAUGCAUCCCUUGUUUUCAUCUCUGUCACAUUUGCCACAAUGUGUAAAUCUGCAUCUCCUAUAUUUCUCCUUCUAUUUGCUUUUGCAUUCAGGUUGGAGUCUCCAAGCUUUAGACUUUUGGGUAUCAUCUUAAUAAUCUCUGUUGGAAUCUUAUUGACAGUGGCAAAGGAGACAGAAUUUGAGUUUUGGGGAUUUGUGCUUGUUAUGCUUGCUGCUGUUAUGUCUGGGUUUCGCUGGUCCAUGACUCAAAUUCUUCUGCAGAAAGAAGAAUAUGGUUUGAAAAAUCCACUUACAUUGAUGAGCUUUGUGACUCCAGUGAUGGCAAUUGUAACUGCUCUUUUUUCUCUUAUGUUUGAUCCAUGGUAUGAAUUUAGAAAGAACAGUUACUUUGAUAAUUCUUGGCACAUUGCGCGGAGCUGCUUCUUGAUGUUUUUUGGUGGAACACUGGCCUUUUUCAUGGUUUUAACGGAAUAUGUUCUUGUUUCAGUAACUAGUGCUGUCACAGUGACUAUUGCAGGUGUUGUCAAGGAGGCUGUCACCAUAUUGGUUGCAGUCUUUUACUUCCAUGACAAAUUUACAUGGUUGAAAGGUGUUGGCCUUUUAAUCAUAAUGGUGGGCGUGAGUUUAUUCAAUUGGUACAAAUAUGAAAAGCUACAAAAGCGUCAAAUGAGUGAAGAUGAUGUGGCUGGUUCGCCUAUGGCAAAUGUUGCUGCAAAAUAUGUUAUACUUGAGGAAAUGGAUGAUGAUGGUUAGAGCUUUUGCAUUGAGUGAGUCUCUUAUAGUUCCUUCAACAGAUAUUGUCACUAUGCAAUUUGCAAAUUCCGGCUUAUUACUUCUCAUCAGCUUUAUUACUUGAAAAGUUUUUAUGCCGUUCACAUUGUUUUGAUAUGUUGUUUUCUGCACUAGCGUAUUGCAAUUUGACAUUUUGAAACCUAAGAGAUGCUGGUGAAAUUUAGGUUGGUUGUUGGAGAAGCUCAAGAUGAGUACUGCUGGCAACUAAUGUCUAUUUGCAGUAUUUGCCGAUUUCCUCAUUGAUAUUUGCACUUUUCCUUGUACUUUAUAUUGUGGGUCAAGAAAUUUUGAGAUACUGUAAGGGUCAAGAAUUAUUCCUCGACUUUUUGCCUUGCCAUGAUUACAGGAGCAUAUUUUUUUUAUCCAAAGCUUCUCAAGCUUUGGGUUAUGUAGCGGGGAAUAUUUUGCCACUUUUGUUAAUGCCUAGUCGAUUCAAUUGUGGGUCCUCCCCUGUCUUCCUAUUUGUUGUUACAACCAAUCUGUAUGUGGAUUUGCUUUUCUCAGGAGGAACAGUUGUUACGCUUGUUAAUGUGUAUUGCUAAAUCAGUGAUAAUUGUCAGCCUAGGUUAUUUUCCUGUUC